AUGGGCGACGAUACCCCAUUCUUUCCUACGCCUCUCGAUGACGAGGAGACGGGCGUGCAAAAGCUGUGGCGCAAAUGCAAGAAAGAUCCAAUGAUCCCUAUUGGAUCGCUUCUUACGUGCUGUGCUUUGGGCUACGCCUCCAUGCACCUUCGCUCCGGCAACCGCGACAAGUUCCAAAGUGCGCUGCGGUGGCGUGUAGUAUUUCAAGCGGUGACUGUGGUUGCUGCGGGCGUGAGUCUUGUUGCAUUAGAGGCGCCGAAAAAUCCAGCACCUGACGCGGACGGCACGCAGAAUCCCACUCCCCAUUGGAACCAGGAGAAGCGCGACCAGGCGUCGAUGCAGGAAGAAAUCGAUUUCCGGCGGCGCUUCAACGACCUGCAUAUGCGCGAGGAGCGCGAGAAUGAUGCACUGCAGCGCAUGAUUGCAGAGGCCGCUGACAAGCGCGAGAGCGAAGCCGAGCAAAAACCGGUCCGCACCGCCCCAAAGAUCGGCCAAGACAAGCGGUCGUUUACAUUUCACACGUAG